UUAGAAAGAUCGUUGGCUAGUAAUGUUUAUCAAGUUCACUUCUUGCCCGAAGAAGACAUCGUAAGAGAAAUGCAUUUGUGUAACUCCAUAUUCAUAGUCCAUCGUGGCAAAGUUGUAGUGUCAAAGGGAGAUGAAAAAUUAUUUACUCUCAAAAAGGGUUCCAUAUUUGGCCAGCUUAGUGGACAUGUGAUUCGUCCAAUUCGUAUCACCGCCCAAUCAGUAGAACACACGGAUCUGCUUCAUAUUACUAUUAAGCAAUUUCAAGACAUAAUCAGCGAUGAAGUAAGACAAAAUAUCAGCGACAAUCCUCAAUCACGGUUCGAUUUUAUGGCUGUAAAAAAACCUGGCGCAGAUAAUCCGUAUAAUUCAAUAGAGUAUAUUUUGCGAGAACGCAAAACUAUUAAGCUACCUAUGGAAGUUCAAGUACUUAACAAUAGAUGCGUGAAGAAAUAUAUAAGAUUCAAAAGAUUAUUUAGCUGGUGGUACGGUCUAGAUAUUGCAUCUUUAUUACUUCCAUUAUUAACUUUUGUUACCGAUGAUACGUCGUUCCUGUUGGCAAGAUUAUUAAGGAUACAUUCUGUGUGUUUAUAUCAAAGACAUUUUUGCAGAAACUUUCAGACUAGAUAUGCUCCAGUAUUAGUGAAAUUUGUUAUGGUGGUGCUACUAUUGCAUGCAUUUACUUGUGGAUGGAUAAUCAUCGCAUGCGGUUCACGGAAAAAUAAUGAAUUUCCAGUGACUAUUCCGGAAUUGCCACAUAAUAUAUCUAUGACAGUAAAUCCUGAUGAAUGGACUGAUCCACGCUUUCGGAAUAAUGGAUGCCCUCGAUGUACUAAAACAUUUAACUCUGGAACUAAUGACAUCAUUAGCUUUUUAGUACCUACUGAAUGGUAUGCUGAUUAUCUUGUUGCAUUAGCGUAUAUAGUGAUUACUCAUACUCAUACGAACAUGGACACAGAAAUAACAUCGUACUUGAAGGGGAUAUAUAUCCAUGUAUGUACUUUAUACAUGAAGGUGAAGUUGAAAAAUGGUAUACUGAUACAUCGUGGUGGACCUUGUUUACUUACGUUACUAUGAUUGGCAAGAUCUUCUCGACAGUUAUCCGAAUAUAAAAAACGAUCUCUAU